CCUCCAAAGAUUAUAGGAGAGCUCUUCCCUCCAGAUCAGUCUCCAACCAGCCCUAGCACUGGUUAUCCCAGUGACCAGGGCGCUGGGCUCAGGCUGUCCGCCGGCUCAUUAACCGAGGCCCUGUCGUUGCUGUGACCCCGGCCUGGGCUAAGGAGGCCGCGGGGCGACCGGGGCUCUGGGCCGGAGGUUGCCGGGGCCGCAUGGCUUCAUGCUGGAGUGGACCGGCGGGUUGGCGCCUGCUCGGCCUCCGCUGCUGGGGGCUGCGGGAGGCGGCUUCCCCGCGUCGGGGGCUGCGAGAGGCGGUCUCUCCGGGUCGAGCGGUACUGGAACGGGACGAAGGCCCGACUGUCCGCUACAUGGGGAAGGGCCGUAGGAAGAGCCGCGUGUUCGUGUGGGGAUUCGCCCACACCGGGGCCCUGGGCCUCCCCGACGCAGCACGCCUGAGAGCGGCGAGUAUGCAACUGAGGCCGCACCGCCUGGAGCCGGAGCCGGAGCCGCGGAUCGCCUCUGCUGCCUGUGGCUAUGGAUUCACUUUGCUGGCUUCACAAACCACUGACAUUACCAAGGUCUGGGGAAUGGGCCUGAACAGCGAUUCUCAGAUUGGAUUUCAUAGGAGCCGGCAGGACAGGACUAAGGGUUAUGAAUACAUCCUGGAACCCUCCCCAGUCCCAUUGCCACUGGAAAAGCCUCAGGAAACACGAGUGCUGCAGGUGUCGUGUGGGAGAGCACACUCUCUGGUGAUGACGGAUAAUGAAGGAGUAUUCAGUUUGGGGAACAAUGCGUAUGGACAGUGUGGAAGGAACAUUGUGGACAGUGAGAUUUAUAGUGGCAGCCACAUCAUUCACCAUAUUGAAGGUUUGGACAGCAAAGUUGUUGAGGUUGCUUGUGGGCAGGAUCACAGCCUCUUCAGAACGGACAAAGGCGAAGUGUAUUCCUGUGGAUGGGGCGUUGACGGACAAACGGGUCUUGGUCACAAUAGUGCAGUCUCUAAGCCAACCAGGCUGAUGGGAGAUAUUGCUGGAGAGAAUAUUGUGCAAGUAGCAACAUACGGAGACUUCUGUUUGGCUUUAUCCAAAGAUGGGGGCGUGUUUGGCUGGGGUAACUCUGAGUAUCUGCAGCUUUCUACAGUUACUGAGGCCACGCAGGUGAAUGUGCCAAAACAGCUCCCGUUUAAAGGACUUGGGAGGGUAAAGUCCGCGGCGUGUGGUGGAACUCAUGCUGCCGUCCUCAAUAGUGACGGCAAUGUCUUUGUGUGGGGUUACGGGAUUCUGGGGAAAGGAUGUAACCUCUCCGAGUCCAGACUGCCGGAGAUGAUUCCACCAACACUGUUUGGCUGCACUGAAUUCACGCCCCAAGUGCGAGUUGACAGCAUCGGCUGUGGGCUCCAUCAUUUUGCUGCCAUCACCAAUCGUGGUGAGCUGUUUGUAUGGGGCAAGAACCUGCGAGGUUGCCUUGGCAUUGGGAGGACAGACGAUCAAUACUUCCCCUGGAGGGUGACCGUGCCCGGUGAGGUUGUGGACGUGGCUUGUGGUGUCGACCACAUGGUGGCAAUAACAAAAUCAUUAAUCUGACCGCACAACAUCCCUGGUUCUCUGCAGAAACUGAUUCAAGUAUUCGCCUUGAAUUUCACUAUGUAGGCUUGACUUCAACAAGUUAUUGGACAAGAUGUGGGCUUCUGUUGUAACUCUUCACAAUGGGCCUUAAUGUGUCUGUUGCGCGUUCAGAUUGAAAGAUGUGACUGGCUCUCUGUGUCUGUCCCUCAAUCUGCCCAUGUUACCUUUUGGCAGAGGCUCAAAUUGUUUCCUUUGCUGGGAGGAAUAUUCAACUUAAUGAGUGUGCUGUGAGCUUAAUGCUGCAGCGUUAGUAACAAUGUUGACCAGUCAGUGUUAUCCCUGAUCACACUGGGAUUUUUAUCGUAACCAAUCACAGUGGCAAACUGGCUUCUUUGGGAAGGGUGAGUUGGUGAGGUCACACUUGGCGAUACGGAUGCAGUUUUAGACUCUUGUUUAAGAAAUAGCAUCCCAACAUAAGAGGCAUCCAGAAAAGCUACACUUGGCCAAUUCAUGUGAACGAGAGGGUUCUAUCCUGAGCAGGCAAAAAAAAAUCAACCUGUUUUUUGGUUUAGAAGAUUGAGGGGAGAUGUUAGUGAAAUGGGUAAGAUCAAGAAGGGUGUGACAAGGUAAAUAUAAAGGUGUUUGCACCAGUAGGAGAAUCUUGAAUGAGGAAAUGUUGCAAGGUGAGGGAGAUCAUUUUCAGAUCAGAUCCUUUGGUACAUAAGAAUUUCCUUUGGCAGAGUCUGGCGAAUCUUUAAUUCCUUCCUUGAGGUGUUUUCCAGGCUGAAUGCUUGGAAAUAGUUAAAGAGGAAGUAGAUGUUUUUUUGAUACCGUGGGAGAUUGAGGACUGCCUAGACCUGACACAGAGGAGGAGUUGAUGCAUGUGUUAUAUCCAUGGAUCCAUGAACAUAUUGAAAGGUGGGGCAGCUGGUGCUUCUAUUCUCCUGUGUUCUCUGUGGAGAGGGCUGUCAGGCCGAGUCUAUGCUCCCCUGAGUUGAGAUGAAUGAGGGCUGAUCUCAUUGGAUUGUCCAAGAUUUUUACGGGGCUAGACAGGGCAGCUGCAUUAAUGGCGCGUCGUUGCUGGGGUAACCAUAACCAGGGCAAGCAGUUUCAGGAACAGGGCUGAAGAGGAGAGAUUUUUUUCACCCAAUGUCUGAAUAUUGGACGGUGAUGGAUAUCACAGUCACAGUGCUGGUCGAAUAGCGCAGCAGAGCGAGGGGCCGAACGGACUACUGCAACUUAUAUUAUUUUUGUAUCCUCCUGUAAUUAUCAACCAAAAAAUAAAAAAAAAUAGAGAGGACGCCAGAUAAAGAACAA